GGCCGGGCUGCGCGGCGCCUGCGGCACCCCGUCUCCCUCCGCGCGCGCCCGCUGGUGAGCCCGGGGACAGUUUCUAGAUCCAUUUUGGCCGCUCCUGUGCUGACCCUGGCACGUCACGCUUAGGUGAAGGUCCUUCUAUAGCAUCAUGGAUGAGUCCUGGAUCCCCACUCAUCCGGUUCUGGUUUAUGGACAUCCAUUGAGAGAGGGAAGAUAUUCACAGACCAGCAGUUUGGGGAGGGACCAAAGACACCGUGGCUGAGAAGGUAUCCCAAGUUUGGGGAGCUGAGACUGACAGGUGACGUGACAUCCCUUGAUCAGCGGGGACCCUAGGUUUCCAGACCCGCAGCAGGGCAGCCUCGGACAAGUGUGGGGGCUCCAGCCUGUGGAGGACCCCACGGCCAACCAGGCAUGUCCCAGCGAAACUCAGACAGCUCUUUGGAGGAGAAGCCGCUAGAAUACCGUUUCCAUGCUGAGCUGCGGCUCGAUGCCAACGGGAACCCUGAGUCUGGACUUCCUAUGGUCCGGGGCUCCCUCAGGGCCAGGACCAAUGCUGCCUUCGAGCCUGAGGCUUCAGCACCCCCACAGCCACCCCCGGGGGAUGAAGAGCCACAGCCCAUCAUCCUGAGCACACAGAGCCCUGCAGCCCUCAAAAUGGGCACCCAGCAACUGAUCCCCAAGAGCCUGGCUGUGGCCACGAAGACUACUGUGGCCGCCAAGGCCAGGGCCAAUACCCCAGCCCGCCACCAGAGUUUUGGGGCCGCUGUGCUCAGUAAGGAGGCAGCACGGCGGGACCCCCGGCUCCUCUCAUCUUCCAGCUUCUCCUUGGAUGACAUGGAGGUGGGCAUGGGCACUAGCAAGAUCCCAAAGCGGAACCUACGAAACCAGUCCUACCGGGCAGCCAUGAAGGGUGUGGAGAUGCCCGGUGGCAAAGGGGAUUCUGUCCUGCUCGGCCCCAAGCUCCAGGCUGUAGCUGAGGAACCUAACCAGCCUGCCACCCGGUGCACAGCCAAAAAUAAGAGGACUCUGGGACGGAAGCGCGCACACAAGGGCUCUUUCAAAGAUGACCCCAGGCUGUACCAGGAGAUCCGGGAGCGGGGUCUGAACACCAGCCAUGAGUCUGACGAGGAGCCUUCCAGCCCAGAGGCAACGCGGAAGGCAGAUACCACCAUCGUGGUCAAGAGCUACCGGCCUGCCCAGCUGACCUGGAGCCAACUCCCAGAGGUGGUGGAGUCGGGAGUCCUGGACACACUGUCUAUGGAAGAGCGCAAGAGGCAGGAGGCCAUCUUCGAGAUCCUCACAUCUGAGUUCUCCUACCUGCACAGCCUGAGCAUCCUGGUGGCUGAGUUCCUGCAGUCCCGGGAGCUGCGGGCCACCGUGACACAGACAGAGCAUCACCACCUCUUCUCCAACAUCCUGGACGUGCUGGCCGCCAGUCAGAAGUUCUUCGAGGCCCUGGAACAGCGGCACAAGGCGCAGGUGUGCGUGGAGGACAUCAGCGACAUCCUGGAGGAGCAUGCCGAGAAGUACUUCCACCCCUACGUCGCCUACUGCUCCAACGAGGUCUACCAGCAGCGCACCCUGCAGAAGCUGACGAACAGCAAUGCCGCCUUCCGCGAGGCCCUGAGGGAAAUUGAGAAGCGGCCUGCCUGCGGGGGCCUGCCCAUGAUCUCCUUCCUGAUUCUGCCCAUGCAGAGGGUGACCCGGCUGCCGCUCCUGACUGAUACACUCUGCCUCAAGACCCAGGGUCACCCUGAAAGGUACAAGGCUGCCAACCGUGCCCUGAAAGCCAUCAGUAAGCUGGUGAGGCAGUGUAACGAGGGAGCGCACACGAUGGAGCGCACUGAGCAGAUGUACACGCUGCACACACAGCUGGACUUUGGCAAGGUCAAGUCCCUCCCACUGAUCUCGGCCUCCCGCUGGCUGCUAAAGCGCGGGGAACUCUUCCUGGUGGAGGAAUCGAGUAUUUUUAGGAAAAUUGCCAGCCGACCCACCUGCUACCUGUUCCUCUUCAAUGAUGUCCUGGUUGUCACCAAGAAGAAAAGCGAGGACAGCUACCUGGUCCAGGACUACGCGCAGCUGGAACACGUGCAGGUCAGAAAACUGGAGCCCUCCGAGUCCUCCCUGCCAGGGGGUGGCAGCCGCAGCUCCUCCGUGCCCCACCCCUUCCAGGUGACGCUGCUACGUAACAGCGAGGGCCGCCAGGAGCAGAUCCUGCUGUCCUCAGACACUGCGAGUGACCGGGCCCGGUGGAUCACAGCGCUAACAUACAAGGAGAGGCAAUGGCAGGGCUCCACCAACAAAGGAGAUCUGCCCCAGGUGGAAAUCACCAAGGCAUACUUUGCCAAGCAAGCAGACGAGAUCACACUGCAGCAGGCUGAUGUGGUCCUGGUCCUGCAGGAGGAGGACGGCUGGCUGCAUGGUGAGAGGCUUCGCGAUGGAGAGACCGGCUGGUUCCCCGAGAGCUUUUCCCGUUGCAUCACCAGCCGUGUGGCCGUGGAGGGUAACGUGCGCAGGAUGGAACGGCUGCGGGUGGAGACGGACGUGUAGCCAGCCAGCGGGAGAGCCAGGAUGUGAUGGGCCCAGCUUCAGCCCCAACCAACAAGCAGUUCUACCUGACUGCAAGGAGCGCGAACAGUUAGUCCUGGGGCCCUGUGCACUUCCCUGGGACUUCCAGCCCUGGACACUGGACAUGUUGUAGAAGGAAGAUUUCAAGGCGAACUCCGGGGGAGCUGCAUCCUGGGAGAAGCCCAGGCUGGUCGCUUUCACUGGCCACCUGCCCCUAGCUCCUGGCCACCAGAAGGCCAGCUGCAGUGACAAAGGACCCCACUAUGAGUGCAUACAAUGUGGGGCCACCCCCUUCCCCGCAACUCUUCUACCCAAGCAGGACAAGACCUUCAGUUCCUGGGCAGCCCCAUGUUCCCUAUGUUCUAGCGGACAGUGCUAGCGCGAGGUGGCCUGUGGUGCCCACAGGGAAAUUACAAUUGAGGUUUGAAAUGGCA